GUCGUUCUGUCUGUCUGUCUGGCUAUGUCCUGCCUCCCCCUUCAGCGUUAAACUGCAACACAUCUUUCAGAUGCGACUCAUCUAUCGCUCCGGUGUCCACACUCUCAUCAAACACCACCGGAAUCGAGCCGCCCGACCUGGCUCGCCCGCCAUCCCAAGCAAUGCGAUACGCCAGCAGCUGCACGCCCGCCUCGUGUGCGCGUUUCAGCACCUGGGCGAAGAGCAUGUCGGCUUCGUGGCACGGACGGAACUGAAGGGUGUCCGAACGGUUGACGAUGAAAAGGAUCGCCGCCCUGGGUUUGCUUGUGGUCCGUUUGACCAUAUUGGUGAGCUCGUGUGCGUGUUUGAUGGCCCGGUCGCUGACCACCUUGAUCUUGGGCUUCUUGGCACCAUGCGGGAAGAUGGCACAGCAUCUGUAGGGCUGCACUGAGGAUGUGUAGACACCUAUUGAGGAACGCUCGGACGGCACUGAUGGCACACACACACACACAGAGAGAGAGAGAGAGACAGAGAGAGAGAGGGAGAGAGAGCAUCACCUCGGCGAAUGAAGAAGUCUUUCGUUGCUGUCACCCACCUUGUCCCUCAGGGUAGUCGGCACACACACAAUUCUUAACCUCCAGGAACAGCUCAUCGCCAUUCGGGUAGUCUAACACGAAAUCAACCCUGAGGGUCCAAUACACAAUCACACGAUGACAUACACAAUCAAGCCUCGUCUCUGCUCCUUCCUGAGUGCUCAGGCACUGACCUGGCCUUGCCGUGCGUCACUUGUGUCCUGAACGACGAGUAGCCCGCCAGCUCAGGGAUCAUAUGCCGCUCCAACAUCGUCUUGACCAUCCUCUCGGCCAGCUGCGGGUGCGCACCCACCGACGCCACCUCGCCCAUUGGGCGGGGCUCCUCGGCCAGCCAUAUCGUGUGGGACGUCUUGCCCUUCCCACUCGCAGACGGUGUCAUCCUUACCUGGCUGCCCGGCACUAUCAUGCCCGCGCAGUCCAGACUUGGGCAAUGGGCCUGCAGCGGGUCGGCUGACUCGUCGCAAGUAACGUUGCCCAUGGCGUCUUGUUCCAGGAUGCGGACAUCGGCAACGUAGGGCGUCUUGAUGACUGCAGAGGGGCGCUUGACGAUCCUCCCGGUCAGCAGAUCACCCAGGUCUAGCAGAGGCUCACCGCUGUCGCUGCCUGGCUGCAGUACUAAUGCACCAGAGGCAGAUGCAGCAGCAGAGGCAGCGGGUUGGUCUGUCGCUGCUCUCUUCUCUGCCGGUGGCAGCAACUCAUGCUCAUCGUCUACAGCAGCUGCGGCGGCUGGACCAUCGUCUCGGUUCUUUCUCUUAUUGCCGGCUGUUCUUUUCGGUGCCAUGAGGUCAAUGUCACCCAACGACAGGUCAACAACAGCAGCUGUCUUCAGCCGACUGAAGCCUCCAGCUGGCGGCAGAGCUAGGUGUCUAAGGGGUGCUGCGGUGCGGCGUCUGAAUGGCAGAAACUGCUGGCGUGAAGAGAGGGAUGAGGCGGCGCGGUACGUCGGACGGACCACCAGGAAGGAUGCCGCUCGGAAGAGAUGCAAUACAACGAAGAUAGUAGCUAGAUCAGUGCUCCAUCGCCUCCAAUUGCGUGAGGCACCCAUUCA